UCCAAACUUUCUCUCAAUUUCUUGGUUUUCCCUUCGGAUUUUGGUUUGUUCUGGAGAUCUUUAGCAAUAAUGUUUUGUUUCUCUGAGUUUGAUUUGGGGAUCUAGGGUUUUUUUUCUCUGCCUACUGAGUUUCGCGUUAGAAAGAUAAUAACCUGCUUACUUGGCUGCAUUUCCUGUUUGUCAGAGACAGUUACUGAAACUUAUUCUUGAAAAAAACCGUCGUUGGAAUAUGGCCAUGUAUAUUCGUGUGAAGCGUGAGAAGACAACGUACUUUAUACAGUGUGAUCCAACCGAAAAAACUUCAGAUAUCAAGCAGAAACUGCAAGCCCUAACCGAUCAACCAACUGAUAAACAACGCUUAACAUUAGUAUCAAGCAACGAAAUUUUGGUUGAUUCAAAAACAUUAGCAGAGCAGAAGGUUGAAAAUGAUGCUGUCGUUGCAUUAACAUUUAGGAAAGAUGAUGAUGACUUUGAGGAAGUUAACAUUGCGCGGCCUGAAGAUUUCACUUCAUUUUCGUAAAACAUGUGCAUGACUUAGUAUUUAGCAAGAAGAUUGGCGUGGUGAAUUAGGGUUUUCCCGAAGUUGUUAUGAUAUUCACAAACAAUAUUUGUGACAGAGCCAUGAAAAUCUUCGGUUAUGGAAUUGUGAUACAAAAUGUGAUGCUGAAAUUGUCGGUUGAAUAAUGAAAAAUCUUUUUUCUAAAGUUUGGUGGUGAACAAAGAUUGAGGAAUUGAAUUCCAAAACUUUGGAUGUUUGAUUUUAUGUGUGAAAUUGCUAUAAAAAUUAGGCGUUUACUUUCAA